GGGGUGGCAGCUGCGAUGUCGGGGUAGUUAUAUGCCGCCUUCCUCUUAUAAGCGUCGAAUCCACUGUUCUGCACAUCUCUCACGUUCGCAUCAUACCUCACACUCAUCCUUCAUCCACCAUGUCUAAAAUCGCAUCCACUUUCUCGCGCCUUGUGCGCUUCGUCCCCAAGUCGAACCCCUCCAAGAUCCUGAUCGGCGAGCCCGUCGAUGCCUCCAUUGAUGUGGGUUUGGCUGUCUACAAGGGCCAGGAAGUCGCCGUGCGACCUUUCUCCGGCACUUCGGUCCUGAACCCCGGCCAGAAGACCGACGCGACCGAGACCAUCGAGCGCAUUCUUUCCCCAUUGGCACAGAGCGAGGUCGGCACCAUCCGGUGCAUUGGCCUGAACUACGUCUCUCACGCCGCGGAGAUGAAGCUGGACAUUCCCACCGUCCCCACGCUGUUCAUGAAGCCCCCGACGGCGCUCUCGGACCCGUGGCCCGCCCCCACCGUCCUGCCCAAGAUCACACAGAAGGACAACACCGGUGACUACGAGUCGGAGAUGGUCAUUGUCAUCGGCCGCGACGCAAAGGAUGUGAGCGAGGAGGAGGCGCUGGACUACGUGCUCGGAUACACGGCGGCCAACGAUGUAUCCAGCCGGACCUCCCAGAUGAACCAGAGCCAGUGGUGCUUCUCCAAGGGAUUUGAUACCUCGUGCCCUAUUGGCCCCGUCCUAGUCUCCGCCGCCCAAGUCCCCGAUGCCAGCAAGCUCCACAUCAAGGGAUCCAAGAACGGCAAGGUCCUGCAGGACUGCCCUCUCACUGACCUGAUCUUCAGCGUUCCCCAGCUCGUCAGCUUCCUGUCGCAGGGCACCACCAUCCCCGCUGGAACCAUCAUUCUGACCGGUACUCCCCCCGGUGUUGGCGCUGCCAAGAACCCCAAGGAGUUCUUGAAGCACGGCGAUGAGUUCACGGUCGAGCUGCAGCCUCACGUCGGCACUUUGAUCACCAAGAUCGAGAACCAGGCUUGAAAUUUGAUAGCGAGUUUACGAUAGUAUAGAUAAUAGAUUUUG